AUGUCUGCUGGCGCGCUUGCGACGGCGUUUGGGUACGAGCUCGAACGCGCGCGGAGCGCGGAGCACCUCGCGGCGAUCACAAACGUGAAAGUACGCGCCGCCGAAAAAGGUUUAGUGCCGUAUCACAGCGCGCGCGAGAGCUAUGCGCGAGUGAGAGAGUUAUUGGACGGAUCCAUCGAGCUUCGACACCUCGAUUUCUCCGCCAACCGCAUCGAAGACGCAAAAAGUGCGACGCCGUGGACACUGACUCAUAACACGCCCGCGCUCGACGCCAAGCUCGUAGCGGCGGCGAUUGAGGUCAGACGUACUGGAUACGCUAUCGUGGAUGGACUCGUCGGCGAGCCGAUGGCGAGCGCGAUUCGGCACGCGCUCGCGAAUUUCGUCGACGAGGACGAGGACGCGAGGACUUUCAGCAAAGGAGAGCUCGAUCAGAGCGAAAGGCGCAUCCUAGGCGAUGCAACGGUAGAUAAAAUACGCGAUGACACCAUCGCUUGGCUCAAAGGAGAUGAGCGAGAUAUGGUUGGAGCGUUCGCGCAAUUUUUACGCGUGACCGUGUUGCGUCCGCUCUUCAGCGCCUUCGCGACGACAUCGCAUGGAUUAUCGUCGGCGCCACCGCUUGCGCCGGUGGAUUCGUACGUGAGUAAUGCCAUGCUGAGCGUGUACGCCCCUGGUGCGCGUGGUUUUGUAUCACACGUUGACAAUUGCGGACCCGAUAUCGACCCGCGAGCGUUGUCCGUCGUGUACUAUCCGAUAUCGUCGACGCCCGAAGAAGGAGGCGCGAUGGUCCUGUUCCCAGGUCACGAAACGAAAGAGGUUCGUUUAACGCCGACUCGCGAUCGUUUAGUUCUGUUCGCGUCGGCACGCGUGCCACACGCCGUGGAACCGCGCGCGCGCGACGCUUCGCGUCGCAUCGCGGCGAGCUUUUGGUUCGUCGGCCAGCCGCUCGCCGUGAUGGCGGCAGCGGAAACGUAG